AUGCCAAAGAAGGACUCGCGACGGGAUAUCUGUUUGAAGAGACGGAGGAAUUGGGAUAUGGAGGGUUCGACAUACGUCAAGCCGGUUGACCGCUUCAUGCCAGCCAGGAUGGUGGAAACUACUGGCGCAUUAGCAGAUGUUCUCAAAGAAGAUCUCACUUGUCAGCAACAUACUCAGAACAGCAUCAAAUGCAUAGUGAGUUAAUCUUCCGAGCUUUCCCCACAAACCAAAUGUUAGUAAGUUGAGGAACUGA